AUGGCCGCUAAAACAGUUACCAAAGACAUAAUCACUCUUCGCGGUUCUGCAGCAAUCGUUAGCGAGUUCUUCGGAUAUGCUGCAAACAGUAUCCUUUACAAUCGAGGUGUUUAUCCAGAAGAAACUUUUGUGAAGGUGAAGAAAUAUGGCCUUCCAAUGUUGCUUACUGAAGAUGAGGGUGUUAAAUCUUUUAUAACCAAUUUAACUGCUCAGCUUUCUGAAUGGCUUGAAGCUGGCAAGUUACAGAGGAUUGUUCUUGUUAUAAUGAGCAAGUCUACUGGUGAAGUUCUUGAAAGGUGGAACUUCAGCAUUGAGACGGAUAACGAGGUUGUUGAGAAGGGUGUGUCAAGGGAGAAGAGUGACAAGGAAAUCAUGAGAGAGAUACAAGCCAUUAUGAGGCAGAUUGCUUCUAGUAUCACCUAUCUGCCAUGCCUGGAUGAACCAUGUGUUUUUGAUGUGUUAGCAUAUACUGACACAGACGUGGCAGUUCCAUUCACUUGGAUUGAGAGUGAUCCAAAGCUGAUUGAAAAUCCACAAAUGGUGAAAUUGCAUUCCUUUGAUACUAAGAUUCACAAGGUUGACACACUUGUAUCAUACAAGAAUGACGAAUGGGAUGAGCAGUAA